AUGGCCGAAGGCGGGGCAAGCAAAGGUGGUGGAGAAGAGCCCGGGAAGCUGCCAGAGCAGGCAGAGGAGGAAUCCCAGGUUUUGCACGGAACUGGCCACUGUAAGUGGUUCAACGUGCGCAUGGGAUUUGGAUUCAUCUCCAUGAUAAACCGAGAGGGAAGCCCCUUGGAUAUUCCGGUGGAUGUAUUUGUACACCAAAGCAAAUUAUUUAUGGAAGGAUUUAGAAGUCUGAAAGAAGGUGAACCAGUGGAAUUCACGUUUAAAAAAUCUUCCAAAGGCCUUGAAUCAAUACGGGUAACAGGACCUGGUGGGAGCCCCUGCUUAGGAAGCGAAAGAAGACCCAAAGGGAAGACACUACAAAAAAGAAAACCAAAGGGAGACAGGUGGAGUCGGCAGGAUUUACUGGUGGAUCAGAAGUGGACUGUGAGAGAAGAAGAGUCCAGGAUGACUCCAAGAUGCUACAACUGUGGUGGCCUUGAUCAUCAUGCUAAGGAAUGUAGUCUACCUCCUCAGCCAAAGAAGUGCCAUUACUGUCAGAGCAUCAUGCACAUGGUGGCAAAUUGCCCACAUAAAACUGUUGCACAGCUGCCUGCCAGUUCUCAGGGAAGACAGGAAGCAGAAUCCCAGCCAUGUGCUUCGACCUCCCCGCGAGAAGUGGGAGGUGGGCACGGCUGCACAUCCCCACCAUUUCCUCAGGAGGCUAGGUCAGAGAUCUCAGAACGGUCAGGCAGGUCACCCCAAGAAGCUUCCUCUGCAAAGGCUUCUGCAGCACCAGAAGAGCAAAACAAGAAGGGGCCUUCAGUUCAGAAAAGGAAAAAGACAUAA